AUGGAUUUUACAAAUCCAGUCGGUUCAGUUGUACUGUUUGUUUUUCUGUUUGUCUGUCUACAAGCAAGUUAUUUACCAGAAGAUCAAGUGCCUAAAUCACAUGCAACAAUAUAUUCUAAUGUAGUUCACAUUGGAAAUAUCACUUUAUCAAAAAUAUUAGAUAAUCGGUAUCUUUAUGUUGGUUCUGUGAAUCGCUUCUUUUUACGGGACAUGGAAAGUGACUUUGAACUAAAGGCAGAUAUCCCAUGGCAACCAGAUGAUUCAGAUCGUGACUUUUGUAAACGGAUGCAUGUGGACACAAAAUGUCAUAAUUUUAUUAAAGUUAUUGAAAAGAAUGAUGAAAAUGACAGAUUGUUAGUCUGUGGUACAAAUGCCUAUGUACCACGCUGUCGAUACUAUGAUGAUUAUACAAUUCAAAAUACUGAAGAGUUUAAAGAGACUACAGGAUUAUACAAAUCACCGUUUUCUCCAGGUUCACUCAACACUGCAAUAUUUGCAUAUGGCAGCCUUUAUGCAGGAACGGCGUCAGAUGCAAUGAAAUCUGUGAUUGCCCGUAGUAUUGAGAAUGAUGACUCGCUUAACACAGAUCUUAAAACACUGGAUCAUGACUCAAGAUGGUUAAAUGAUCCUGAUUUUAUCUCUUCAUUUGAUAUUGGUGAGGAAGUUUUGUUUUUUCUUCGGGAAAUUGCUAUGGAAUACAGCAACUAUGGAAAGGUUGUUUACUCAAGAGUUGCAAAAGUCUGUAAAAAGGACAAGGGUGGUAGUAAUCAUGUCUUGGAAAAUAUCUGGACAACAUUCCUUAAAGCACGAAUUAUUUGUGCUUUUCCGGGUAAAUUCCCAUUUGAUUUUAACAAUAUUCAGGACACUUUUAAAAUUUCAUAUGAAGAAAAUGGUAAGACUACAACUAUAUUUUAUGCAGUGUUUACAACACCAGAAAAUGCAAUCCCGGGAUCUGCUAUAUGUGCCUAUAAUCUGACUGACGUCAAUGCUGUUUUCAAUAGUGGAUGUUUGGAAAAAGAAUCUGCAAAACAUGCAUGGUUUCCUGCAGAGGAAGAUAUGAUUCCUGACCCAAGACCAGGAACGUGCGUUGACGACUCAACUAGUCACAGCUACAAUGAUCUACUAUUUUUCAAGUCACACACAUUGAUGUCAGAUACUCUCACUUUUGUUUCAAUUUCAAUUGUUAUUUUUUUCAGAAAUGAAAUUGGAAUAGUUCAAAACGUGACAAAUGUGAUGGAAUGUCCAGUUGAACAACCACCCGAACAUAAAACGAUUUUCGGAGUAAAAAAUGACUAUAGUGUUGAAUGCAUUGCAAUUACUGGUUGGGUUGUUGUAGCUGCUGUUAUUGUUAUAUUUAUUAUUGGUUAUUUCUAUGUGACAAAGAAUAGAAAGAUUGAACGACAAACUGAAGGAGGCAUGAAGUCCUCAGUACCAGCAACCACCACUUCCAUGGUUCAAACCACACCAGUCAUUCCCAAAACCACCAAUUCUCAAAACACUCAGGAAGAGACGCCAUUGAGGCGAGAGAAACCACCAGAAUCUGAGAAACCCAAGAAUUAUGCUGCUUCUAUCAAUGACAGACGGGCAGUUAAUGAUCAGAGAGCGUCCUCGCUGUCACAGAACAGGCGAUCACAACCACAUGACAGUUUUAAAGAUGUUAGUGGGGAACUAGAAAAUAUUCACAGUAAUAGCAGUCAUAUACAGUAUGGACCAACAAGUGGUGGUGAAGUAGCACACGUCUGA